CUUACUACCGUCUUUGUCUCGGCAAAUGCCAAAUGCGCAAAACUGGCAAAACUGCAAUUUGCAGUUUGCAGUUUGUGCAUUUAAAUAAUAUUUUAAUAUAACAGUUCAGAGUUCUUCUACCCACGGUCUUAUCUGUUACCGUGCUUCUACUACAGAAUAAAUGAAAUCAAUUAUAUAUUCGUAAUCACUAAUCAGUAAUCAGUGAAGUCGACUACGUUUCAGUCGUAAGUUUACGGUGUUCACUGUGGUCUGUGACACUGUUUGUUAUUUACUCGUUUCUCGUUGUGUUUCCGCCAGUGUCUCAACUCGGGCGAUCUUUGCGAACCGGACUACGGAGUUAUGAAAAUAAUGAAAAACCAUCCAUCGACGGUCUACACGCAUCAUAGGAACUUAAUGUCAAAUUGUGUCAUAGCCAAAGCGUAUUCUUAACCAGAAUCAGUUAUCCAGCAACGGCGUUCAAUAACCAGCACAUACGUCUUCUAGUCAAUCAAUUCCUACCGUCAACAUGAGUUCAGCUGAUCGUUCAAUAUCAUCUGGGUUUCCGAUACCUCAGUGGAUGAAAUCUAAAAUAAACGAUCGAUAUGACCUAGACCAGCCAACAUUUUCUCCAGAAGAAACAGAUGACAGCUUUUUUUUGGUUCGUUAUUUAAAACCAGACACAGUAAAUCAAAAACGCAGUGAUAACACUAAAAAUAAACCAGCUGAAGAAAAUUUAGCAGAAAAAACAGUUCAAAAUUUAAAAAAUAUGCCUCCAGCAUUAAUUGUUACGGAAACACCAGAAUUUAAGGGACAUACACUUGCUUGUCAACGCUUCAUUACAAAUACUUGUGCUGAUGCAGUAGCAGCUGCAAGUUUGGGUGAAAAUAUAACUGACCCUCCAAAAUCAUUAGGGAUUGAUGAUGGCUUUAAAAGUGGAGCUUCCGAAUGUGGUAAAUCUAUUGUGGCUAUGGCGCAUCAAAUGGUGUCUGGACGGAGAGCUUAUCAAGGACGUUCUUCGGGUCCUCAAGAUAUUCUUGUCGUAGGACCGUCACCAUCAAUGUUAUCUAAACGACGGAACAGCAAAUCGCUCCCAGCAAGUCCAAUAAGUUCACCACCUGGAUCACCACGGUCGAUGCGUAAAAAUCCGUAUUUCACAGCACCAUUUCAAGAAGAAUCAUCUGGAGAUAAACAUGGCUCAUCGUGGAUAUUAUCUAACUUAUUUUCACACAGAGCUGAUUCACAAGAAGAAUUAUCUGAUAAAGAAUCUAAGCGAUUCCCUAAACCAUUGUCUUCCACUAAUUUAUCCAUAAAACCCAAACCUACAGAGCUGAGAGAGAUGAAUUUCUGGACACCUACAUCAAUGUAAUCAUUCAGGCUAAAAAAAUUAUUCGAUUUAUAAAGAUUUUCUGCACUUUUGGUUAUAUUAUUAAUUUGUGUUGUUGGAAUUAUUUUAUAUGUAUCCUUAUUUUUCCUUAUAAUCUCCUUAACUUAGUACCUGUAAAAAUCAUUUUUAGUUUUAAGUUUUCGUUGUUAUUUUCUUUAUCUUUUUUGUUUAAUUUUAUAAUAUUAAGUACCAAAAUAAUUAUGAUAUGAAGACAAUUCAUUGUAUAGUGCGCAUCUUUUAUACAUAUAAGAUAUAACUGUAUAAGACAUAAUCUUUAUAUUUUAAAAUCAAUAAUUUAUAUGCAGACGAUUUUUUGUUUAUUAAUCACUCCUAAAAGUUUGUUUACAUUUUUUUUUUACUCAAGUAUUAUUAUAAACCAAUUAUAUAAUAUAAUUUUAUUUCUUAAAUUUGAAUGAAUGCAAAAAUAUAUAUUAUUGACAUUAUUGUCAUUUACUCUAAA